GGGGAGCCGGCCAUCCUGGAGUGUAUCCCCCCUAGAGGUCACCCUGAACCCACCACCUACUGGAAGAAGGACAAAGUACGCAUCGAAGACAAGGAGGACAGGAUCACAAUCCGAGGAGGGAAGCUGAUGAUCUCCAACACCAGGAAGAGUGAUGCUGGCAUGUUCAUCUGUGUUGGCACAAACAUGGUGGGAGAGAGAGACAGUGAGACGGCCCAGCUGACUGUGUUUGAGCGUCCCACCUUCCUGCGUCGGCCCAUCAACCAGGUGGUCCUGGAGGAGGAGGGGGUAGAGUUCAGGUGCCAGGUGCAGGGAGACCCCCAGCCCAACGUACGCUGGAGGAAGGAUGAUGGUGAUGUACCCCGUGGGAGGUACGAGAUCAAGUUUGACAAGGAGGACUACCUGCUGAGAGUGAAGAAGGCGUCGGCCAGUGACGAGGGCACCUUCACAUGCCUGGCAGAGAACCGCGUGGGCAAGGUGGAGGCCUCUGCCAGCCUCACCGUCAGAGCUCGCCCUGUAGCUGCACCUCAGUUUGUCAUCAGGCCGCGGGACCAGAUCGUGGCCCAGGGUCGCACCGCCACCUUCCCCUGUGAGACCAAGGGCAACCCGCAGCCUGCAGUCUUCUGGCAGAAGGAGGGAAGCCAGAACCUACUGUUUCCCAACCAGCCCCAGCAGCCCAACAGUCGCUUCUCUGUGUCCUCCAGUGGAGACCUGACCAUCUCGGCCGUGCAGCGGGCAGACGCAGGCUACUACAUCUGCCAGGCCCUGACCGUGGCUGGCAGCAUCCUCGCCAAGGCCCAACUGGAGGUCACAGAUGUGCUGACAGACAGGCCGCCGCCCAUAAUCCGUCAGGGUCCGUCCAAUCAGACGCUGCGAGUGGACAGCGUGGCCCUGCUAAAGUGUCAGGCGUCAGGAGACCCCAUCCCCUCCAUCAGCUGGCUGAAGGACGGGGUCAGUCUGCUGGGGAAGGAUCCCCGCAUGUCCCUGCAGGAGCUGGGCAGCCUCCAGAUGAGGAGCCUCAGGCUUUCUGACUCUGGGAUCUACACCUGUGUGGCUGCCAGCUCCAGUGGCGAGACAUCAUGGAGCGCCUUCCUGGAGGUCAAAGACCAAGCUGGGGUGAUGGUCAUUAAGAACCGUGAUGACAACGAGCUCCUUGGCCCUCCCUCCAAACCCGACGUCACUGACGUCACCAAGAACAGCGUCUCGUUGUCCUGGCAUCCCGGCCUGACUGGGGCCACGCCCAUCUCCUCUUUUGUCAUCGAAGCCUUCAGCCAGUCGGUGAGCAACAGUUGGCAGACGGUUGCGGACCAUGUGAAGACCACGCAGUACACGGUCAAAGGCCUGCGCCCCAACACCAUCUACCUGUUCAUGGUGCGGGCGGUCAACACCCAGGGCCUCAGUGAUCCCAGCCCCAUGUCAGAGCCCGUCAGGACACAAGACAUCAGUCCUCCAGCCCAGGGGGUGGACCACAGACAUGUACAGAAGGAGCUGGGGGAGGUCAUAGUUCGUCUUCACAACCCGGUCGUCUUGAGCCCCACCACCAUUCAGGUCACCUGGACGGUGGACCGUCAGUCUCAGUUCAUCCAGGGCUACAGAGUUCUGUACAGGCAGACGUCUGGCCUGUUUUCCCCAGGACCCUGGCAGACCCAGGAUGUGAAGAUCCCCUCAGAGCGAAGUGUGGUCCUCUCCAACCUCAAGAAAGGCAUCAUCUAUGAGAUCAAGGUCCGGCCCUACUUCAAUGAGUUCCAGGGCAUGGACAGUGAGUCCAGGUCGGCUCGCACCACAGAGGAAGCUCCCAGUGCCCCUCCCCUGCAGGUUACAGUCUUGAUGGUGGGCAACCAGAACAGCACCUCCAUCAGCAUCUCCUGGGACCCCCCUCCUCCAGACCACCAGAACGGCAUCAUCCAGGAGUACAAGAUCUGGUGCCUAGGGAAUGAGACACGCUUCCACGUGAAUAAGACGGUGGAUGCAGCCAUCCGGUCGGUGGUUGUGGGGGGGCUUCAGGUGGGGGUGCUGUAUCGGGUGGAGGUUGCCGCCAGUACCAGCGCAGGGGUGGGGGUCAAGAGUGAACCUCAGCCCAUCGUCAUCGGUAAGGACUUCCGUGACGUGAUCAUAAGUGGGAACAGGAACAACAGCAUCACGGAGCAGAUCACAGACGUGGUGAAGCAGCCAGCGUUCAUAGCGGGGAUCGGAGGGGCCUGCUGGGUUAUCCUCAUGGGCUUCAGUAUCUGGCUGUACUGGAGGAGGAAGAAGAGGAAGGGGCUCAGCAACUACGCAGUUCAGUCCUUCACCUUCACCCCUGCAGUGACGUUCCAGCGUGUUGACGGGGGUCUGAUGAGCAAUGGAAGCCGACCAGGCCUGCUGAAUGCCGGUGACCCAGGCUACCCGUGGCUGGCUGACUCCUGGCCUGCAACCAGCCUGCCUGUCAACAGUGGCUCCGGUGGACCCAAUGACCUUAGUAACUUUGGACGAGGAGACACCAGUAGUAAUGGGGAUAAGACCGGCACCAUGCUGUCUGACGGAGCCAUCUAUAGCAGUAUAGACUUCACCACCAAGGCUAACUACAACAGCCCCAGCCAGGGCUCCCAGGGAGCCACCCCCUAUGCCACCACACAGAUCCUCCACUCCAGUAGUAUCCAUGAGCUGGCUGUGGACCUCCCCGAGGCCCAGUGGAAGGCCUCCAUCCAGGCCAAACAGGAGAUGGCCAACCUGGGGUACUCCCUGCCCGACAAGAACUCCUGCAACAACAGUGGUAAGGGGGGCAAGAAGAAGAAGGCCAAGGUUGGAACCAAACCCACCAAGGCUAAUGGCUCCAGCUGGGCCAACGUGCCCCUGCCCCCUCCCCCUCUACACCCUCUCCCUGGCACCGAGAUGGACCACUACCCCAACGAGCACUAUGAAGGAGGAGGGUAUGAGAGUGAUGGCUGGGGUCCUCCCAUGCCCGUGCAGACCUACCUCCACCAGGGAAUGGAGGAUGAGCUAGAGGAGGAGGAAGAGAGGGUCCCCACCCCACCCAUGCGUGGAGUGGCCUCGUCUCCAGCAGCGGUGUCCUUCGGUCAGCAGUCCACGGCCACCCUCACGCCCUCUCCCCGGGAGGAGUUGCAGCCCAUGCUCCAGGCCCACCUAGACGAGAUCACCCGUGCCUACCAACUGGACAUGGCCAAACAGACAUGGCUCAUGCAGGGUGGCUCCCUCCCCCCCCUCCCUCCCCAGGCUCCCACACCUCCGGUGGGGUAUGUGUCCAGCACCCUGGUGUCUGACCUGGAGACUGACAUCCCUGAUGAGGAGGAUGAGGAAGAGGAGGAGGAUGACAGCUAUGAGAUGUCCAGGCCUCUCUAUGGUAUUGAGCACACGCCAGGGUCCAGCAUGGACAACCUAGACAGCUCCGUAACAGGGUCCAUGGUUAACGGCUGGGGGUCAGCCUCAGAGGAAGAUGACCGUCACUACUCCAGCCACAGGUCCAGUGUGGGCAGCUCCUCUGACGGGUCCCUCUACACCCACUGUAGCUUCGCCCAGGCCCUGGUGGCAGCCGCUGACAAGGCAGGCUACCACCUGGAGGGCACCAGCCUGGCCAAGAGAGGUAAAGGGCUGUCCCACCGACCCCGGCCCAACAGUCCCUUCUCUACAGAUGGCAGCACGGUGGGCACACACAGCCUGGGCCACCAGAGGGCUGCCCGGCCCACCCGCAAGCCCCGGGGACAGGGCACCGCGCCCCACAGGAGAGACGCCAGUGCAGACGACCUACCUCCUCCCCCUGACCCCCCGCCCAUCCAGGGACCAGGGCCUAUCCAGGGAGCCCGUAGUGUAGGCGGCGUGUGCCCCCCAGCCGAGAAGAAGGCCUCGUCCCUGGAGCGCCAGCCCAUGUGUGGUGCCAUGCCCCUGUCUGGGCUGGAGGAGAUGAAGAGCUGCAUGGACAGACAGACACGCACCUCUCUGGAGCGGCACCGCCAGGCCCAGGACAGACUAGCAUCCAUGGACCGAGGAGACGACCCACGCAGGGGACACAAAACAGAGGGGUGCCUGCCUCCCUACAGUAAACCCUCAUUCCCUUCCCCCGGGGGCCACAGCUCCUCUGGGACAGCCUCCUCCAAGGGCUCCACGGGGCCACGCAAGGGAGAGGGACCUCGAGGGCCACACCAACGAAUUGCCACAGACCAUAUUGACUUCCUGGGGACCAACGGACAGGGACAGUACUCAGGCGAGUUAUAGUGACCUGCCUGCAGUAGGAUCUGAACUGAACUGGAGUAAGCCUCGUCGUCCUCAUCAGAAUGACGCCUCGCCCAUUGGUGCAAUGAACUUUGUCCUUCUUUGUGUAUUAUCAGAGGAGAGGAGCAGGAAGAUGACGAUGAUGACCACCAUAACAGAACUGUAAAUGUGAUGUAUAAACACAGACAUGCAUACUGUACAUCCCACUAUGUUGUUGUCCUCAAGAAAAUUAUUUCCCACCUUCCACCUUAAUUUCUUUCAGUCAGAAAAGAGCAAGUAAACAAAAUAAUUAAAACACCUUUAUGAGAAAACAAAUUUUCAAAGUAACUGUCCUUGGGGAAAAAAAGGAAUCUUGUUUCCUGUAAAUAGAUUAUUUACAUUGUUGUUGCAUUGCUAUGCAAGCCUACUUCAGUUUGAGCUUCUUCAUUCCAUACUGUUGGUUAUAUCUAGUCAUUUGUAUUAUACGUGAAUUGAUAGGCUGGUGUGCCAUAAAAUAAUUGUUUUUACGAUCCAUCAUUUGUUAAUACCUAUCAUUGAUUAAUUAUUAUCAUUAUUAUUAUUAAUUAUUGUUUUUUUGCACUGCGAUUUUUGGUGAUAAGCACAAAAGCAUAGCUCCUGCUGACAGGAAGUACCGGACGAACAUGUGAAGAGGAGUUUCUCUAGAAAGAUGAGAAAAUAUAUACUAAUGUACAGAGAGAUAUUAAAGAGUAAGAAGUUGCUUAUGGACAGCAACUAAAUGGAUACCCAUUCCCAAGUUAGGGCUAAUCAGAAAGCAGAUGUUUUUAGUUGUUGUACCUUUGAGGUUGGGGGCAGAGAAGGGGCAGAGUAGAGACAGAGAGAGGAGGGGUUAGUGGUUAGAGCAUUGGGCCAGUAACCGAAAGGUUGCUAGAUCAAAUCCCCGAGCUGAUAAGGUAACAGUUAACC